AUGAACAGUCUCGCCAAUAUUGAGGAGGAUCUAACUAAUUCCCAAGGCGCCAAGAUUUCUGAGCUGUCCAAUCCGUCCGUGUGUAUGAGGGACCCCAAUAGGGUACAGGAGAUCCUGGGGUCCAUGCAGAAGGCGGGUUCAAACACAUUACAGGUUAUCUCUGACUUUGACAUGACACUGACAAGAUUCGCCUUCAACGGUAAAAGAUGCCCCACCUGUCACAAUAUUCUCGACACCAGUAGUCUUAUCUCAGAAGAAUGUAAAGUAAAGUUAAAGGACCUGCUGAACACAUACUACCCUAUUGAGAUCGACUCGUCACGCUCCAUCGACGAGAAGUUGCCGCUCAUGGUGGAGUGGUGGACCAAAGCACAUGAGCUGCUGGUGCAGCAACACAUCAAGAAGGAUCUGCUGGCUGCUGUGGUGCGAGAGUCUGAAGCCAAGCUAAGGGAAGGCUACCAGCUGUUCUUUUCGCACCUGCACCAACACAGUAUCCCACUGCUCAUCUUCUCAGCCGGCAUCGGCGACAUCCUGGAAGAGGUCAUCCGCCAAGCCGGGGUCUUUCACUCCAACGUUAAGGUUUUGUCCAACUACAUGGACUUUGAUCAGGCCGGGGUGCUGAGGGCCUUCAAGGGGGAGCUGAUCCACAUCUACAACAAACGGGAGGGCGCCCUGCUCAACACGGGGCACUUCCAGGAACUACGGGCCCGACCCAACGUGCUUCUGCUGGGGGACUCUCUGGGCGACCUGACUAUGGCGGACGGAGUGCACGACAUGGAGAACAUUCUCAAGAUCGGCUUCCUUAACGAUAAAGUGGAAGAGAGGAAGCAGUCGUACUUGGACUCUUACGACAUAGUGCUGGUGAAAGACGAGAGUCUCGACGUGGCCAACGCCGUGCUGCUGUACCUCACUGGAAACAAGUAA